UUUACAAUAUUGAAAAAUAUGGUUGAGAUGGAUUUCAAACCGAUUCAAACAGAAAAAAUUUGUAGAACAUGUUUAACAGAAGCUGGUACCAUGAAAUCCUUAUUUGAUUUAAAUGAUUUAAAUGGCCAAACUCAAGCAGGGAAUGCACGAUUAUUUGAAGUUCUUAUGGCAUGUACUUCGGUUCAAAUUAUUGAAGGAGAUGGUUUACCCUCACAAAUAUGCACGGAAUGUAUUCACUGUAUGCAUCGUGCUUUUAAUUUUAGACAAUUAUGUGAACGGAGUGAUACAACACUUCGUGAAUUAUUAGGGAAAACAUUUUUAUCUGUUCUUUCAACAAAUAAUGAACCAAAAGAACAUCCAACAAACACCUAUGACUACAGUAUUACUAGUAAUGGAGUACUGCCUCAAAAUAUUUCUUCAAAUAAUUCGUCUCAAUUAUCAAAUGUACCUGUUGUUUCCAUUGAAACGGUGGAAAAUACAAAGAAUAAUAUAUAUCAAGAAGACUCAAAUUUAAUUGAACCAAAAAUCGAAUUGCUGGACAAUGAUCAUUUUAAAGAUGCAGAUCUAUUUGAAGAUAAUGUGGAUCCAAAAAUUGAAGCUAAAACAGAAACUGAGGAUGGAAAUGAUGAUACUUCUCAGCCCAUGUACCCUUGUCUAUGUUGUACUCAAGUGUUUACGAAUGCUAAGGAUUUACGAAUUCAUAAUAAAAUUCAUCGAAAAGAAUCGAAACAUGUUUGUAAGAUAUGUAAUCAAGAUUUCGCGAGUCCUAGUACCUUAUGGAGACAUAUGAAAGUACAUGAAGGUGUAAAACGGCAUUUAUGUGCUGAUUGUGGAAAAGGUUUUUCACGAUCGGAUGAUUUAACACGACAUAUACGUACGCAUACCGGUGAAAAACCAUUUCCAUGUACAAUAUGUGAUAAAGCAUUUGCACAAUCAUUUCGAUUAUUAGAACAUAUGCGAGCACAUGCUGGUGAAAAAUCAUUUGUAUGUCAAACAUGUGGAAAAUCAUUUAGUCGAUAUACAAGUUUAGCAGCACAUAUGAAAACACAUAGUGGUAUUAAAACGCAUGCGUGUGAUGUGUGUGGUAAAAGGUUAUGUGGAUCAGGAUCUUUAACUAUGCAUAUGAAAACACAUACCGGUUUAAAGGAUCACAUAUGUCCAUUUUGUGGUAAAGGUUUUACAACACCUAGUAAUUUAAUAAUACAUAAACGUACGCAUACAGGAGAAAAGCCGUAUAUUUGUGGUACAUGUCAAAAAGGAUUUCCAGAUCCAUCAAGACUUACAGUUCAUAUGCGUUCACAUAGUGGUGAAAAACCUUAUGUAUGUACGUUGUGUAAUCGAGGUUGUGUCUCCAGUUCACAGUUAAAGAAACAUAUGCGCAUACAUACAGGGGAAAAACCAUACAUGUGUACAUUAUGUCCGAAAGCAUUUCCACGUUCAGAAGAUUUACGAAUACAUAUUAAAACGCAUACAGGGAAUCGUAAUCAUGUGUGUACAGUGUGUAAUAAGGGUUUUUAUCAAGCAUCUACGCUUAAAGUUCAUAUGCGUAUACAUACCGGCGAGAAACCUUAUUCCUGUCAAUUAUGUGAAAAAUCUUUUUCACAAACAGGACCAUUAUCACAGCAUAUGAAAACUGCGCAUUAAUAUUAUAUCUAGAAGUACCUAGUGGUAAUAUUAUUUAAAUAUUUUAAAAUAAUGAAGAAAAUUGUGAUUCUUGGGAAAUUUAAACGCGUUUUUAUGUUAGGUUAGGUUAGAGUGGCUGUCCUGAGGUGGGACACACUUAGACCAUAGGGUCCGUUGUGAUACCGUAAAUGGGUUGGCCCA